AUGUACCCAGAACCACCUUAUUUCGACUUGUUCAAGAAAAUGAGUUUGUUAGAAGAUACUCUGACCAAAAAGAUAGGUCGCAGACCAGUAUUUAAUAAGGUUUUUGAGGAAAUGUUGGUGAAAUAUGCCCUUGUUAUGGAACAAAAAUUAUAUGGUUUGACUCGAAUGGAUAUGAGAAGGAUAGCAUAUCAACUUGCUGUUAAAAAUAAUGUGCCCCAUCCAUUCCAUGACGACAGAGCUGGCAGAUACUGGCUCAAAGGAUUUCUUGCGAGGCACAAGCAAACUUUAUCAAUACGCAAGCCCACUGGAACAUCUUUUGCUAGAGCCAAUGGAUUUACAAAAGCAAGAAUGGACGAGUUUUAUCAAAAUCUUGAGAAAGUUUAUGACGAAAAAAAGUUCACGGCUACAAAUGGCUUUAGAGUUGGUGGCAUUUAUCCAUUAAAUACAAAUAUUUUCACGGAAUCUGACUAUCUCGCAGCAGCACAAGAAUCAGCGGAUGGCAUUGCUGAAAACGAACAAGAAGCACGUAGUCCUAUCGCUGCAAGUCCACAAGUCAUAAAUGAAGCUGGAAAUCAUUCACCAACCCUAUUACAAGGUUUCGAUGACAGUCAUGUUGAUGUUUCGUCAGAUAGCAGACAACAGUCAAAUGAAAUUGUGUCGGAAACAGAUCCUCCAUCAGUAAACCUUCCUGAUAUUGCCAUGCGAGAAGAACAAGAAAAAGAAAAUCUUCCUGGACCUUCUCGUAGUAACCCCAUUGUGACACCGUUUCAAAUCUCACCAGUUCCUACUUCCAAAUAUCGGUCAUCAAAUCGAGGUCGUAAGCCAGGUGAUUGUAAUUUGGAAUACCCUAUUCCAAAUUUGAUUCACUUUAUCUAA